CUCAGUUUGCAGCACAUUAACGAGGUGGAAAGUGCGUUAACUAGUCAUGGCUCUCCUUGAAAUUUGUAUAGCCCUCCUUGGCAUCGGCCUGCUGAUCUACAAAUGGAGCACGGCCACUUUCAAAACCUUCGAGGAGCGCAACCUGCACUUCGAGAAGCCGUACCCCUUCGUCGGUAACAUGGGUGAUUCGGCCAUGCAGAAGGCCUCCUUCCAAAAGGUGCUCUCCGAGUUUUACGCUCGCACUCGUCAGCACAAACUAGUGGGCCUCUUCAAUCUGCGUACUCCCAUGAUCCAGCUGAACGAUCCCGAGCUCAUCAAGAAGAUCUGCGUCAAGGACUUCGACCACUUUCCCAACCACCAGCUCUUCUUCAGCCCCAACGAGCGUCUGAUCAACGACAUGCUCAGCGUGAUGAGGGACCAACGCUGGAAGCACAUGAGGAACACCCUGACCCCGGUCUUCACGGCGUCCAAGAUGCGCAACAUGUUCACCCUGAUGAACGAGAGCUUCGCGGAGUGCCUCCAGCACCUGGACACCCCCAAGGGAUCAUCUGGCGGCGGAAAGGCCUUCGAGGUGGACAUGAAGGUGUUGUGCAACAAGCUCUCCAACGACGUUAUCGCCACCACCGCGUUUGGGCUCAAGGUGAACUCGUUUGACCACCCGGAGAAUGAGUUCUACCAGAUCGGGCAGUCCCUGGUUUUCUCCCGCGGACUUCAGUUCUUCAAGUUCAUGCUGGCCUCGCUAGUGCCCAGGCUCUUUAACAUAUUUGGAGCGACCAUCUUUGACUCCAGCAAAAUGGAGUACUUUGUUCGUCUGGUGGUGGAUGCCAUCAAGUACCGAGAGCAGCACAAUAUCACGCGACCCGACAUGAUCCAGCUGCUGAUGGAGGCCAAGAACGAGUCGGAGGACAAGUGGACCGACGACGAGAUAGUGGCCCAGUGCUUCAUUUUCUUCUUCGCCGCCUUCGAAAAUAACUCCAAUCUGAUUUGCACCACCACCUACGAACUGCUGCACAAUCCCGACAUCCAGGAGCGAUUGUACGAGGAGGUGAAGGAGAUCCAAGAGGCUCUGAAUGGCGCAUCCCUCACCUACGACGCCGUGCAGAAGAUGACCUACAUGGACAUGGUCAUUUCCGAGUCCCUUCGUAAGUGGACUCUGGCCGCCGCCACCGAUCGUCUCUGUUCCAAGGACUACACCCUCACAGACGAAGACGGCACCAAGCUAUUCGAUUUCAAAGUGGGAGACCGCGUAAAUAUUCCAAUCUCUGGGCUGCACUGGGACGAUCGUUACUUCCCGGAACCCAAAAAGUUUGAUCCCGAGAGGUUUAGCGAUGAGCGAAAGAGCGAGUUGGUGCCAUACACCUAUUUGCCUUUCGGGGUGGGACCUCGAAACUGUAUAGGAAAUCGCUAUGCUUUGAUGCAAGUCAAGGGCAUGCUGUACAAUCUGCUGCUGCAUUAUAAGAUCGAGGCUUCCCCGAGGACCGAAAAGGAUCUGUGGGGAUCGGCACGCGGCUUUAACCUUACCCCCCGGUCGGGAUUCUGGAUGAACUUGGUGCCGCGUAAAUAACCAGAUGAGGAAAUAUAUUUAACUUGUAUUAUAUAUAAACACUUUGGUAUUGUUCAGCUUUGACCAGUUAACCACUGUAAGAGUUAAGUUUGUGAUGAAAUAACUUUAUGUUAUUAGACAUUUGAUUAGAGUCUAAAAGCAUAUUGCGAAAACUUCAGGUCCAACACCAAGAACCGAAAGCUUUAAUCAGUAGAAACAAAAAUAAAACCAAACGAAAAAUUA